CCGCUUAUGACGUCAGACGUUCGGCAAAGACUCUGUCAUUAAAAUGUGAUGCACGAAAAAAACAUGGAGGUAUGGAAACUGAUGGGAUUACUAAUUAUUUCCACAAUUACGGUUUUAUCCGCAGAACAUUUGAAACCAAAACCAUCGUCUUGCGAGAGUUCACCGUGCGCAAAUGGCGGAACAUGUCGAAGUGAAGCCGGAAAUACUCGAUUCAGAUGUUCGUGUCCUUCGGGGUUCCGUGGAGCUACAUGCUCAGUGUUAGUGAGACCAAGAGAAUCGCCUUGCAGUAGUUCUCCCUGUGUAAACGGCGGCAUCUGCUUCCGGCGUUUUGACAGUCAAGCAUUUUUCUGCUCGUGUCUGCCGGGCUUUACCGGCAAAACAUGUGCAGAGAAAAUUAACACACAGAUAUCACCAUGUGACAGUUCACCAUGUGCAAAUGGCGGAACAUGUCACAGCAAGGAAAAUCACGAGAAAUACGUCUGCCUGUGUGCUGUAGGAUAUUACGGCAAGAACUGUUCAAAUCUUCCGACAGAUGUCGAUCCCUGCCGAAGUAAUCCAUGUGACUUCAAAGACAAAUAUCUGUGUCACGCGUCUGGGAACAGAUACAAAUGCAUGUGUCCUUACGACCGAUAUGGACCUUAUUGUCAAUAUAGAAAAUUGAGACAGAAUCAACACGAAUUCAUCUGUCCGAAUUAUCACUGCAAGAAAUGUCCUUCAGGCUAUGUGGUCAACAAAUAUGGCUGCAAAACAUGCAGGUGCAAACAACCAGAUUCAAAGUGUCCGCAGCUGACUUGUGACGAAGAGUGUCCUCACGGCCAUGUUCGCAAAGACGGGUGUCCCACAUGCGACUGCAUAAAACCUAUCUGCCCUAAACGUAUAUGUUAUGAACACUGUCGCCAUGGGAACAUCUAUGAUGACAAAGGUUGCAUGAUGUGUGAGUGCCGAGUCUACAAUGCCACUGGUAGGAUCAACACAGAUCCACCGAAAUGUAUGGACUAUGAUUGUGGAUUUCAAUGCACCUACGGAUUUGAAAUCGAUUCUCAGAACUGCACCACGUGCCGCUGUAAGAAGAAACCGUCGUGGUGUCCUCAUAUAAAAUGCCGGCCAUGCAGAAGUGGAUACGUUUUGACCGGAAGUGGCUGUAUGACUUGCGCUUGUCACAACGAAACCGAAUCGCCAAGGUGUUUAAUGCGAGGCUGCAAAUACGACUGUCUGUAUGGUCACAUUAACGACAUCCGUGGAUGUGCAUCGUGUGUUUGUAAGAAAGGACCAUCAGGUUGUGGUGCACCGAAGUGUAAACCUUGUAAGACUGGCUAUGUUAGAAACAGCAAGGGAUGUUUGACGUGUGCUUGUCAGCAGAACAUGAUAAAUGCUACAACCCCUCCACUCACUGCCAGAUGUAUCAGACCCAGCUGUACUGGGAUCUGCAUGUACGGGUACAAGACCGAUACCAAAGGGUGUAUGAAGUGCACGUGUGAUGAUGGAUACAUAGGGAAGGUGAAAUGUCCGGCCUUGAAUUGUGCAGAACCCUGCACGUACGGUCACGUAAAAACGUCUAAAGGCUGUCAUACAUGUGCUUGUAAAACGGCUCCACCAUGGUGUCCUGUGCUCAACUGUCGGCCAUGUUUUAACGGAUUUCGACUGAACAACGCCGGCUGUCAAACCUGUAGCUGCAAGAGCAGUCCUGUCUGUCCAUUGAUUGGCUGCUCAAACUCAUGCCCAAAUGGAUAUAAAAUUGAUGCCAGAGGUUGCAACACUUGUAAAUGUCAAUGUCCACAAAUCAAAUGCUCUCGAUUCUGCCCUACCGGGUACCUCACUGACCAACAUGGAUGUUCAACGUGCCAGUGCAUGCCCGACAUUUGCCCAAUGCCACUCUGUAUGAGACAGUGUAAACAUGGCUACAAGGUUGAUCAGAGAGGCUGUCAGACCUGCGAAUGUUCUUGUCCUCCACUCCAGUGUAAAAAAUGUCCUAAUGGAUACAAGAAAAACAGUGAUGGUUGUCCAACAUGUGACUGUGCAUGUCCAUCUAAUGUGUUUUGUCCGGCUGUGGUCUGCCCUGGAGGUAUGGGCUUCAAAAAGGAUUCAAACGGUUGCAAGACUUGUAUCUGUGAGCCUCCUCCUUGCCGAGACGUCACAUGCACCAACAAGUGCCCGGGUGGAUUUCAGAAAGACGUCAAAGGCUGCCGAACGUGUGACUGUGCUCCUUUUGUGAAACCAUCCUGUCCGAUGCUUAGACUCUGCUUCAAACAUUGCCCCAACAACGAGUUUCAGCGAAAUGCUAUUGGUUGUACCACAUGUCACUGUAGAGGAGAAAUACCAGAUAACUGCCCAGGACUGACCUGUCCAAAUCGCUAUGUGUUUCCUUGGAUACAAGCAAGACAGUCGAGGCUGUGACACGUGCACAUGCAAGUCAGGAGUUGGAUUUGAUCUGCCAGUACUAACUGGGUGGUUCUCGAAGAAGUCAUAAUUAAUUCACACUUGAAGCUGCGUCAAGUUUCACAAAUGUACAACUGUAAAACAAGUGUAAUAACUAAAAAAGACAUUGACAUUAAAACUAUGAAUCUAA